GCUAAUUGAUUAAUUUUUAUCAGGCUUUGAUGAUAGAUAUAACUGGGUAUCAUCUGCAUAACAGUGAAACUUAAUGGAGUGAUUCCUUAUACUAUUGCCUAAGGGAAGCAUAUAUAAAGUGAAUAGAAUUGGUCCAAGCACAGAACCUUGUGGAACUCCAUUACUAACUUUAGUGUGCAUGGAGGAUUCAUCGUUAACAUGAAAGAAAAUGUACUCAGGUCUCUGCAAUAGAAUAUGAUGGUCAUUGGUGUCACAUGCAGCACUAAGAUCUAACAGCAAGUACAGAGACAAGUCCAUUGUCUGGUGCAAUUAAAAGGUCAUUGGUAACUGUUACGGCCGCCGCUUUAGUGUAUAUUCAUUAUGGUGUUUCAUGUGAUUCCCUGUUGAGGAUUGGUCCUCUGGAGCAGAGACCGCCUACUUCCUGGUUGCUGUCCCCUGGCUUCAGUGAUUGGUGUGGCUGCAAGUCCACUGAAGCUACCAAUCAGGAGACUUCAAUUAACCCCAGCUGCACUUAAAUAGCUUCUGUGUCCACAGUUCAGGGCGGCUGUGAUCUAGUGAUCAGUUCGCCUUGCUGUUGGUUGCACACCAUUUUGUUAGUGUUUGUACUUUCUAGUGUUGCCUGGCUGUUGUCUGAGUGGAUUCAGCCAGUGCCUUUGUAUCUUUUGUGACCCUUUAAGUUGUUCAGUAAUUGCUAGUUUGGUUUUGUUUCUAGUUUGUAAGCGUAUGGGUGCUGAUCUCUUUUUGUUCUUCAGUAUUAUCCAGUCCUUUUCAUUUUUGUACUAGUUGUUUGUCAGCACCUGUAUAGCCUCUCCUUUGUUGUAUUUCAUUGUGCAAGCAUACUCUCCUUAAUUAAUUAAAACUACUGAUUUUAACCUGAACCUGUCAAUUGUUGUAUUCCAUCUCUUUUUCCAAUUCCAAUUAUAUGUUACUGCUCCCCAAAACGAGCUGGGUCGUAACAUAAAUGGGGGCUCGUCCGGGAUAAAAAAGAAAAUUGUAUAUUGGUAAUUGUAAAUUGACACUGGAAUAGGGUCUGUCAGUGUUUAAUUAAUUGGUGAGAGUUUGCUGGGCUCCUUUGACUACUAGGUAAGUUAAGUGAGCUCAUUAGUGGAUUCAGCUGUCUGCUUGAGUGAGUGCUGCUGGCUACUGAGCACCAUGGCAGAAAAGUUUGAUUUGGAGACAUUUGUUGAACAUCCUACCGUUGAACAAGUAAAUAGUUGUAGGAAGGAUGAUUUAGUGGAGCUAGCUACUCACUUCAAUAUUCCCUUUGUCAGGUCCAUGCUUAAAAAAGAAAUUAGAGAACGAGUGAUUAGUGGAUUGGUGGAACAGGGUGUGAUUACUCUGACUGAGCAGCUGGAGUCUGGGUCUCUUCCCAGUUCCUCAGCAGAAGGAGUGGUCCAAGUACUCAGACACCCUCAGACUCUGGGGAAGUCUACCAGGCAGGUGAGCGAGGGAAGACCCCGUUUAUUAUGCCUAAGUAUGAUCCUUCCCCACAGAGCAGUACUGGAAAUGCCGGGGACCGGCUUAAAGUCCGUCUGGCUCGGCUGCAACUGGAAGCUCAUGAGCGGGAGAUCCAAUCCCAGUUCCAGCUCCAGUUGGAGAUAAGAAAAGCUGAACUUCAGGCUGAGACUGAGAAGGCAGUGAGACUGAGACAACUCGAGCUUGAGGCUUCUGACACAGGGUGGAGUGCUCCUAGAGGCUCAGAUCUGCAACCACUAAAACGGAGAAGCAGCUAUGGAUUGCUGCCACCUUACAUGUCUGAGCUGAGGGUUGUUCUGCUGGGGAACAGCUGGUCUGAGAGGAGUUCAGUGAGGAACUUCAUACUGGGAGAGACUAAGAUCAACACUGAGGAAGAACCAGACUGCUGUCUGACAGUCAGAGGACAGUUAAAGGAGAAAGAAAUAGUUCUCAUCAACACUCCAGAUCUGCUGCAUCCCAACAUCUCUCAACACAAACUGACCGAACAUGUGAAAGACUGUGUGAAACUCUCUGAUCCUGGACCUCAUGUGUUCCUGCUGGUUCUACAGCCUGAAGACUUCACUGAGGAACACAAACUGAGACUACAAUCAAUCCUUGAAAUCUUCAGUGAUCAAUCAUUUGAUCAUUCUCUGGUUCUGAUAUCAACACCCAGAGAGGAGAGUCCAGGGUUGAUGGAAAAAUACCUGGAACGUCCUCCAUUAAAAGACAUGAUCAGAAAAUGUAGAUACAGAUAUUUGAAGCUGAAGAACCUUGAACAUUCAGAGCUGUUAACACGCUUGGGUCAAAUUGUGAAGGAGAAUAAUGGAGAAUGUGUCAGCUGUGAUGUAUUUAAGGACCCAACAGCUACUUUACCAGGUGAUCAUCAAAGUCCAAAACAAAAGGAAACUCAGACUUCUAUCACAGAUGCUGUUAAAGCUGCUGGUUGGAAUAUAGUAAAAAACAUUCAGCAUUUCACAUUCUCCUGGGGAAACCCUUUGACUCAUACAUCUGGAUUCAGGAUUGUGCUGCUGGGAAAAAGUGAGGACAAACAGACAACACUUGGUAACUUCAUCACUGGGAACCAAACUUUUCAUUACCAAAAAACUUCCUCAGUCAAACACUGUGUGAUGGCCAAUGGAGAGUGGAGAGGAAAACCAUUAAUAGUGGUGAAAACUCCAGACAUCUUCAGUCUGUCUGUGGAGACCGUGAGAAGAGAGAUGAAGAACUGUGUGACUCUGUGUCCUCCUGGACCAAAUGUUCUUCUGCUGUUAGUGAAACCUUCUGAUUUCACUGAGGAGAACAGACAAACACUGAAGUUCAUCCUGAGUUUGUUUGGUCAAGAUGCUUUAAAACACUCAAUGGUCAUCAUGACACACAAGGAGAAUCAAAGUAAGACUAUUAAUGAACUCCUUACAGACUGUGGAGGAAGACACUGCAAUAUGGGUGAAAAGGACUACACAUUGUUAAUGCAGAAGAUUGAGAACAUUGUGCAUGAAAACAAAGGAACCUUCCUCACCUUCACUGAAGAGACCAUAAGACCAAAGUCUGAACUCAUCAAACCAGCUUUAAACCUGGUUCUGUGUGGGAGGAGAGGAGCAGGGAAGACUUCAGCAGCCGAGGCCAUUUUAGGUCAGACAGAGUUUCAUUCAGUCUCCAACUCAUCAGAGUGUGUUAAACAUCAGGGAGAGGUGUAUGGACGUUGGGUUUCCCUGGUGGAGCUGCCUGCCUUGUAUGGAGAACCUCAGGAGGCAGUGAUGGAGGAAUCACUCAGGAGUAUCUCCCUCUGUGAUCCUGAGGGUGUCCAUGCCUUCAUCCUGGUCCUACCUGUGGCUCCCCUCACUGAUGAAGACAAGGGAGAGUUAGAGACCAUCCAGAACACAUUCAGCUCUCGGGUCAAUGACUUCACCAUGAUUCUGUUCACUGUGGACUCAGAUCCUACAGCUCCAGCUGUUGUUAACUUUGUGAAAGAAAACAGAGACAUCCAGGAGCUCCGUCAGAGCUGUGGAGGAAGAUAUGUUGUUCUCAACAUCAAGGACAAGCAGCAGAUCCCAGAACUGUUGGACAUGGUGGAAAAAAAUACUAAAAAUAAACCACACGGCUAUACAACUGAAACACUUGCACAUACACAAAUGGAUAAAGUCAUACAACUUGAGAGGCUGAUAAAGAAGAACAAGAUCACUGGUGAUGAUGAAGAACGGAGUCCAGAGUGUCUCAGGAUUGUGCUGAUAGGGAAGACUGGCUGUGGAAAGAGCUCUUCAGGAAACACCAUUCUAGGAAGAAAAGAGUUUAAAGCUGAAUCAAGUCAAACAUCAGUCACUAAACACUGUCAGAAAGAACAGAGUGAAGUUGAUGGUCGUCAGGUGGUUGUGGUCGACACUCCUGGUCUGUUUGACAAUAGUUUGUCUCAUGAAGAGGUUCAUGAGGAGAUGGUGAAAUGCAUCAGUCUUCUGGCUCCAGGACCACAUGUCUUCCUGUUGGUGUUACAAAUUGGCAGAUUUACACCAGAGGAGAAGGAGACAUUAAAACUUAUCAAGGAAGGAUUUGGGAAGAAUUCUGAGAAGUUCAUCAUCAUUCUUUUAACUAGAGGAGAUUCACUGGAACACGAGGAGAUAUCCAUUGAAGAAUACAUUGAAAAGAAAUGUGAUGAAUCCUUUAAGAAGCUGAUCUCUGACUGUGGAGGAAGAUACCAUGUGUUUAAUAACUACAAUAAACACAACCACACACAGGUCAGUGAGCUGAUAACCAAGAUUGACACCAUGGUGAAGGAAAAUGGAGGCAGCUGCUACACUAAUGAGCUGCUGCAAGAGGCCGAAGCUUCAAUAAAGAAAGAAAUGGAGAGAAUCCUGAAGGAGAAGGAAGAAGAGAUGGAGACAGAGAGGGAGGAGCUUCAAAGAAAACAUGAGGAAGAAAUGGAAAAGAUUAAAACAAGAAUGGAAGAACAGAAAGCAGAAAUUGAAAAGGAGAGAAAACUGAGAGAAAAACAACUUGAAGAAAAGGACAAAAACAUCCAAAAGGAACGUGAGGAGAGAAAGAAAGAACAGGAAAUGAGAGAAGAAGAAGAAAGGAAGAGAAAACAACAGGAAGAAAUUCAACGACAGGAGUGGAAACAGAAAGUUGAAGCUUUGGAGGAAAAAAUAAAAUCAGAGUCAGAAUCAAAGGAAACCAUUGAUAGAAAGCUGGAGGAGAGCAGAGAAGAGAUGAGAAAAGAACGAGAGAACUGGGAGAAACAACAAAAAGAAUGGUGGGAAGAACGAUUUGAAGAAGAUGAACAGAGACGACAGGAGGAAGAAACAAAACUGAGGAAACUUCAAGAAGAAUACGAACAGGAAAGAGAAAUCUAUGAAAAGAAAAGAAAAGAAGAGGAUCAAAUCAGAAGAGAACAAGAGGAAAAAGAGAAAAAAGACAUUGAGGAGAACUAUAAGAAAAAACUGGAGAAUCUGAAGAAGACACAUGAAGAAGAAGCCAGAAAGAAAGCUGAAGAGUUCAAUGAAUUCAAAGAGAAAUACAAAAAGGAAUCUGCAGCUCUGAAGGAAGAACAUGAGAAACAAAUGAAAGACAAAGAUCAACAAUAUAAUAUCUUAGAGGCUCUUAAAGUCCACAAUGAAGAACAAAUGAGGAAAAAACAUCAAGAGGGAAUUUGCAAUUUAGUGAAAUGUGUGACCAAAAAGAAAGGAAAUCUGAAAAAAAUCAAUCAGUUACUGACAAAACAUGAAGAAGAAAUGAAGAAUACGAAAAGUGAGGAGGAAAAGAAAAAUUUGCUGCAAAAACAUGAAAAAGAAAUGAAUGACUUGAUACAGGAACUGAUGAAUGAAGAUGAUUCAUGUUGGAUUUUAUGAGCAUAUUUGUUCGAUGUAAACGUCACAACAACAGAUCAGUUUCAGAAGAUUCCUUUUUUCUACUUUCAUUUAGUUUCAAUCAGUGAAACUUUAAAGAAGGAAAUAUUCCAUAGUAAUAUUCAGCAGUGGACUACACUGUAAUGUAAACUAUGGUCACAGAAAUACUUCUCAUUGGCUGUCAGGUGUCUGAAUCAGCAGCCUGUACAAUAUUCAACUGCAGGUAACCAUAGCAACAGUAGGAAUGCUGCAGGCUUCAUCAGCAGGUAACCAUAGCAACAGUAGUGAUGCUGCAGGCUUCAUCAGCAGUAACUGAAACUGAGUGCAAAAUAUAAAGAAUCUCUACAUGGGUUCUUUGGAGUAAUGUUACAGUCUUAGUUUUUAGAUUUUAAUCAUCAGUUUUUACAUUAUUUGUCUCCCUGGUGUUUAUUUUUAUAUCGACUGUUUUAAUGUUUUACAUUUUAUUAUUUCUGUUGUAUUCAUUGUUCAUCGUACAAACUGUAUCUAUUGUUCAUUUUUGUUUUUAUGUGUUGUUUCAGUUUGUUCUGUGAAGUCAAUAAGAGCAUCUGAUAAUAUCUCCCUCUGGCUCAGCUCCAGUGUUCAGUCUGAGAGAUUUCUGGAUGUUUGAGUUGGAUUCUUUAAAUGACAAAAUGUUGAUUUCAGUCUGUUCUGUCUCGUGAUAAAUGAGGAUUUAAACAGUUAAUAACUCACUGACUCUGUACAAUCAUUGGUGUGGUUUUGUUUUAAGUUGGUUUCGUAUAAAGUUUUAUAAAAUCUACAUUAUAUUGUAGAGAUAAUAAUAAUGAUAAUGAAUAAGUUGAUUAUUGUAAACAAGUUUUAGUCUGUAGAAAAUCUUUUUGAUAUGAUGUAGGCUAUUUGUUCCUAAUUAUUAAUGUAAUUAUUGACGGAUUAAAACAGACAACAGCUCAGUAAAGAAAGACUUCAGCAGCUGGAAGCUCUGUUUGGUCUUUAGAGAUGAUCUUUGUUUUCUUUUGAAUAUGAGAAAGAAAAUGAUGUUUGUGAGUGAAAUGAAAUGUUUAGAUGUCAUUCACCCUGUUUUCUCUGCAACACCCAAAUCACAAAUAUCACAGCAAAUAUUAAAUAUGAAUCCAAGCUGAAUAUCAUUUAAACUGCUCAUCAGAUGAAUCAGAAUGAUAAAGAAUGACUUUAUAGACAAUGAAUGCUUUGAUGUUUCUCUGUUUUGUUACAUGUCCAAUAAGAAUAGAUGCUUUAUAACUGAUGACAUCAACUUAAGACAGAAUUCAGAUGAAUCUUUAAUUGUAUGUUCUGUGUUUGAUCUUUGGUUUCUGUGUUUAUCAUUAUGAAAGAUGAAUAAAGUGUUUCCCUGUA